GACUGAUGUGGCGGUAAUGAAAGAGUUAACCAUGCCGUCACCACGUGGAUGUGGAGCUGUUGAGGAUAUGACGCGGCGCUCUCUCUGAGCCUGCCUCGCUUUAUAUAUAAAGCCAGACUCAUCACUAAAAAAACGAAUUCUACGAGAUCCUCUGAAGGACCCGAACACUGGGACAAUAGUCUGUAUUAACCCGUUUUCGAUAGCACAUUCUCCUACAGAAAGCCCUUUUCAUUUUCCCAUCUGACGCGCAUCAGCUCCAGAUACACGCGUGCUCACCUACAGAAAAGGAGGAGCUCUAACAAAGACAAUCAUUACCAGUAUGGCAGACUAUCUGAUAAGUGGAGGAACAGGCUAUAUCCCUGAUGACGGACUGUCUGCCCAGCAGCUUUUUUCAGUUGGAGAUGGUCUCACCUACAAAUCAGAACAGCAGUCAGUCCGAGACGGACUCACGGCAGAAGAGCUUUGCUCUAUGGGGGACGGUAUGACUUACAAUGACUUCCUGAUCUUGCCUGGCUUCAUCGACUUCACCUCGGAUGAAGUGGACCUGACCUCAGCAUUGACCAAGAAGAUCACGCUGAAGACCCCACUCAUCUCCUCUCCUAUGGAUACUGUUACUGAAUCCUCAAUGGCCAUUGCCAUGGCACUGAUGGGAGGAAUUGGCAUCAUUCAUCAUAACUGCACACCAGAGUUUCAGGCCAACGAGGUGCGCAAAGUAAAGAGGUUUGAACAGGGUUUCAUCACUGAUCCAGUGGUCCUGAGUCCUCGUCACACUGUAGGUGAUGUACUUGAAGCAAAAGUUCGACACGGGUUCUCUGGAAUCCCCAUAACUGAGACGGGGAAGAUGGGCAGCAAACUAGUCGGCAUCGUUACAUCACGGGACAUUGAUUUCCUGUCUGAGAAAGAUCAUAACAAACCCCUUGAGGAGGCCAUGACUAAAAGAGAGGAUCUUGUAGUCGCUCCUGCUGGUGUCACACUAAAAGAGGCCAAUGAUAUCCUGCAACGCAGCAAAAAAGGUAAACUACCCAUUGUAAAUGACAAGGAUGAAUUGGUGGCCAUAAUAGCCCGCACAGACCUGAAGAAGAACAGGGACUAUCCUCUGGCCUCCAAAGACUCCCGCAAACAGCUGCUGUGUGGCGCUGCCAUCGGCACCCGUGAUGACGACAAAUACCGCCUGGACUUGCUCACGCAGUCUGGGGUGGAUGUAGUGGUUCUGGAUUCGUCACAAGGCAAUUCGGUAUACCAGAUAAAUAUGAUCCAUUACAUUAAGCAGAAGUACCCAGAUCUGCAGGUUGUGGGAGGAAAUGUGGUUACAGCUGCUCAGGCGAAGAACCUGACUGAUGCAGGGGUGGAUGCUUUGAGAGUGGGAAUGGGCUGUGGUUCUAUCUGCAUCACACAGGAAGUCAUGGCGUGUGGGCGGCCUCAGGGCACCUCCGUGUAUAAGGUGGCAGAGUACGCUCGGAGGUUUGGGGUGCCGGUCAUCGCAGACGGGGGCAUCCAGACGGUCGGCCAUGUGGUGAAGGCACUGUCUCUGGGGGCAUCGACAGUGAUGAUGGGAUCUCUGCUGGCCGCCACCACAGAAGCUCCAGGCGAGUAUUUCUUUUCUGAUGGGGUGCGAUUGAAGAAAUACAGAGGCAUGGGCUCACUAGAUGCAAUGGAGAAAAACGCCAGCAGCCAGAAACGAUACUUCAGCGAGGGUGAUAAGGUGAAGGUGGCUCAGGGAGUGUCCGGUUCGGUGCAGGACAAAGGCUCCAUCCAUAAAUUUAUCCCAUACCUCAUAGCUGGAAUCCAACACGGCUGCCAAGACAUUGGUGCAAAAAGCCUCUCUGUGCUUCGGUCCAUGAUGUAUUCUGGAGAGCUGAAGUUUGAGAAGCGGACCAUGUCUGCUCAGGUGGAGGGUGGCGUUCAUGGACUUCACUCUUACGAGAAACGUCUCUACUAAUGGAAUAGCCAGAACACUGAAGAGAAGCAGCGACCAAACACUAGAACUUACCCCUCUCUGCCAGCACCCGUUCUCCGCUCUUCACCGUUCCUCUAUCACGACCACCACAGUGAGAGAUGGAGAAAAGAAGUGUUAAAUGAGUUUGAGAACAGGACCACAAACUAAUUCAGUACCCCAAAAAAACAUGGCAGUUGCACUCAA